UCCCCUGGCCACUACUCAUCACUGUAAGUGUAUAUGUGAUCAUGAUGGCUGUGUUCAACAGUUUCCGACGGACAAGAAGUUAGAACUCACUCUUCCCCUCCUUUUUAACUCUUCUUUCAACUUGAACUGACGCUGGUCGCUAGUUUGAUACUCUUCCUCUUCCAGAUUCUUGUACUACUCUACAAAUUAGCUGACAGCGUCUCUCCUCACUGCACAGUCGCCUGACCUCACUCCCACUCUUACAAUCCGUUGUCUAGUGCGUUCACUCAUUGUCUUGGGACUUGAUCUGCCCUUGUUUUUGAUAUGACUUGGCUAACGGACAAUGUUGCCCCAGCGCACGCGCACAUUUCCUCACUGCAACCUCUGGCUGUGUCACGAUCGAUACCAAUGAUUUGUUGCCUAUCUUUCCUAUCUCAAACAUUGCAUCUAUAUAUCCUCUUUAUCAUCAUCCUUGGUGUCGCGUCUUCUCCUUUGCCCCGGGCUCUGCCCCUUCAGACACACCCAUCCCCUCAUGGACAUUGCGUGCCAGAAACAUCAAAUCCAUCUCAUAGCAUUCCGACAGAUCGCACUGGGGCAUGUCCACUACCUCGCGAACUAGAUCCUAUCGUUGACCUUGAAGUAAAGCUUGUGCGUCAACGCGAGGGAAAAGUAUUGUGGUCAAACAAUGUGGGUUUAGGAGAAGACUGGACUAUAUUCAUUGGAGACGCUGGCCUACAACUUAAAUCCCACAACAUAGACAACCCAGAAGCUCGAUUAGAAGCCGAACGAGUAGCAUUCCAGCCUCAGUUUUCCGAACCUUUGGGAAGGAAACCAGCCCGAAGCCUUCUUACGAAACUCAGCUUCCAUUCUGCGGAGGAGAAGAAAUCCUUUUUCGACAUGUUGCUCAACGAGUUGCCGCUGUUAUUGAACAAGUACAAGACAACAGAAUGUUUCUACCAUGGGUCUUAUGAUCCUGCAUUGGCGUAUCUGGACGGGGUAGUCUCGUUGAUUUCGUACAGGACUAAAUCGCAGAAGUCAAAGGUUUGGAACUUGUUGUUUCGGGAUAGGGAGAAGUUGUAUGUACAACCACGGAGAGCAUCGGAGAACCAUCACGAUAGAUAAUUAAUCCCCUUUGUAUUCUUCUGUACUUGCUUAUUGCGAGCGAAGCGAAGCAAUCCUGGCCAUAGG